GUUGGGGGAAGGGGGGGGAUGCAUACGCUUAGAGCAUGACAACAGCUCUCAUUCUUUUCUCUUUCUCUUUUUUUCUUGUGUUAUGUGAUCUCGUCGGACUGCAUUUGAACACACCUCCCUCGCACAAUAUACCCCUGCAUAACUGUGGGCCUCCUCCUUCUCCUCCUCUGGUAAAUAUAUACUCUCACUCUGCCUGAUCCGCAUGUUAUUCAGACAUGUCCAUGGCUGCUGCACGGAUAUCUGUGAGGAGUGCUUUCACCGGGCUGCUGAUCAGCCUCUUGUGCCUGGGCUCUGCUCAGGGUGGGAAGCUGUUAGUGAUCCCAGUAGAUGGCAGCCACUGGACGGGCAUGAAGCCCUUGGUGGAGGAACUGGGGAGGAGAGGCAACCAGGUGGUGGUCGUGAUCCCAGAGGCCAGUCUUAGCAUGGGCCCCUCAGAGCACACCACCACCCUCACCUUUCCUGUACCAUACACCAAGGAAAGCAUGAUGAAGACCAUGGGCAACAACCUGGGCCGUUUAAUGACUACUGAUGUCUCCACCACUGUGGCAAGGUUAAAGAACUACUGGAACACAAUGGCCAUGCUGAGUAACUAUACCAUGAUAACCUGUGAAAGCAUGCUGUACAACAAGGAGCUGAUGCAGACCUUACGGGAUUAUGACUUUGAUGCUCUCCUCACUGACCCGUUUUGGCCUGUAGGAAUCAUCACUGGAGCUUAUCUGGACAUUCCCUCCAUCUACAUGCAUGGUUCUCUCCCUUGUCCCCUUGACUUUAUAGCCACAAGAUGUCCUAGCCCUGUUUCUUACUUGCCACUGCGUUACACACACUACAGCAAUCGCAUGAGCUUGUGGGAGAGGACUGUUAAUCUGCUGAGGUCUUUACUGGAGCCAGCAGGCUGCAGUCGUCUGUACAUUUAUGCAGACAAGGUGGCCUCAGACAUCCUGCAGAGGGAGACGUCCAUUGUGGAGCUGGCGAGUGAUGCGGCACUGUGGCUCAUACGCUUUGACUUUUCCUUUGAGUUCCCCAUGCCUUUGAUGCCUAACAUGAUCAUGAUUGGUGGGAUGAAAGCUGGAAAGCCGAAACCUCUACCACAGGUGAGUUUGCGGUUAUUAGGUUAUUUUUUAUAUUUUUUUUAAGAAUUUAUUACAUUCAAUUGAAUAAUCAAUUUUAUUUCAUUUUAAGUAUCAUUUUGGAACCAAUUUCAAUCAAAUGAUUUACACACUCAUUUUUUGAAGUUGAGUCUGCCUUUUGCCUGAAUAUGAUGAUGGGUGCACUGUUUUGAAAGCCAUUUAUUGAUACUGAUGUUGACACGGGUCAGUGGGUAAGAGAGCAAGCUUGAGAGUUCAGCAGCGUCUGCUAAGUCUUUAGCUAAGCCUGAUAGCCUGACGAUGUCAUACUCAUAAUUCUAGUUAG